GUGAAUGCACGCAUCGGACUCUCCUUGCCGACGUUCGUUCUUUCUUCAGUGCGUGCCUUACGCCUUACGCGGAUAACGUAAAGUAUUUGUUUCUUUCACAUCAUCUACGUGGCGUAUUGUAGUGAAUAAUAUGCUUAAAUUCCUGGAUUACGAAAGGAAGUGAAAAGACUAAUAGAUACUUUUCAAAAUCGGUGAAAUCAACAAUGAAUGUUGAGUUUGCUGCAACUGUGCUAUUGAAAUCAUGUCAGUGCUCUGUUUGGUUUUUCGAGGGCCGACGUAACCAGUACCAAGAAUAACGGAUAAUAAUAAGUGUAAAACGGAUCUUGAUCUUAUUUAAAAAGAAUUGCAUGAUCAAAUUUGGUGACUCAAGUGUUCAUAGAUAUUUCAAAUACAGAUAAAAAGAAAGUUCUAAUAAAAGUGAAAAUUCGAAGUUUGGAUUAAUAAAUUAAAUGAGUUAUCAUUUAAAAAGCGAGAUUAUAAAACCAUAAUGAAUAAUGUAAUUAGAUAUAAUACCACUUUUAGAUGAAUCUAAAUAACUGGGCAAAAUUUGAUAGAAAAUAUUAAACUAAGCGCAAAUGUGUGUGAUUUCAAAGUAAUAACGACUAUUCCGAAUUUUGCAAUGUUGAACUUCUGUUUAUAAUAUAAUGAGUGUAUAAGAGAAGCUGUAUAAUAGAACAUAUAGAAUUUAUUUUUUUUUUUGUUCUAAUAGGCGCGCUUUGGGCCAAAUAAGCUUAUAAUAUUUUUAGAUGGCGUUAUCCUCAGUUAUGAUCGGUUUACAAAUUUUAGAGCAUUGCUAUAUUUUAAAAAGACAUCGAUAGCUUUCAUUUGUUUGAAAUAUACAUAUAAAUUUCUAUAUAUUAUAAAAUGGUGUAAGUAAGAGAUGUACUUGUAAUAUACAUCUCAUUUUAUUGUUUAAUAAACAAUUGAUUAAAUGACAAAAAUUUACAAGAAGAAAUGAAAUCGUUUAUCAACGUUUGCAAUGUUAUAUCUUUUGCGAACAGCUAUACUGAAAAUUCUAGGAUCUUAAUUUUCGGAUAUCCUUUCUGAAAAUUUACAUAAAAUUUACAAGAUAUGUAAAAUAUUCAAUAUUUUACUUUACAAGACUUCAAUCAUAAUUACUUUUAAACUUAAUUUAUUAAAUUAUAUGUAUUUAGUAUUUAGUAAAUUAAAAAAUAGAAAAAUUACAAAUAUGAUAAAAAAGAUGUUACAUGUGCUAAAUUUUAAAAUCAUGUAGCUGUUUUUAUGAAUAUGUAGUUGGCCUUCAAACAUUGACAGCUAUUACACGUUGUUUGUAUGUAAUAGAGGAUAUCAUUAGUAUGCUAGCUUAACCAUAUUUAUAAGAAAAAUGCAACUACUCUUAUACAAACGACAAAACGAGUAGAUCAUUUGUCAACAUUUUGUCAGUUUAUUUAUUUUUUAUUAUUAACUAUUGAUUGUACACUUUAUUAUUGAUAUUUUAUCGAGGAGAAUCAAAUAAAUAUUGUACAACAAGUAUUACAGGCUAUAUAGAUGUAUCUAUGUAUAAAAGCAAGUACACACACAAACACACACAUAGAAGAACAUAUUAAAUAUAUGUUUCAUGUUAAAUAAGAUUUCUUCAUAGAAAAAUAAUAUUGUGCGAGUACGUGAAUAAGGAAAAUGAAUUAGAUUAUUUGGCUAUAGUAUUGUUUUUAGGAUAUUGAUUAGUUUGAAUCUCUAUAAAAGCAUUCUGAAGUUGUUGUCCUGGUUCAUGAUUCACGAAUGAGAGUUAUAUAGAGCCGUAGCCAGCUGAGAAGGUCCGGUUACUGGUUACCUGUUACCUGGACAAGUGUGCUGGCAACGGGCUUGUCCUAAAGUAUCGACCGUGACAGUCGUUCCAGUCGAUUCCAGUCACAGCUUUUAGAUCGAUAGUUUUCCGACAAUAUCGAUCGAUAGCUUCCUUUUCCAAUCAUGCAUUCAUUAUUAAAAUAUAUAGAAGUGUAAAAAUUGUUAAAAAUGUUAAAAAGUACAAAAAUUGUUUCAAUUUAUUCUUUCUGUUACUAGUAUUUCUCUACGAGUUUUGUAAAGGGACAGGCGUCGGAAGAGUGAUAUUGCAGAAAUGCUUCUGUGUUCUUCCGUUCCCUAGUACUGAAGGAUAUGAAUCAAUUAAUGAAUGAAUCAUAUUUUUUACCAACUCUGAUAUGAUUAGUUAACCAUUACAGAAUGACUUCGAGCGAAGAUGGUGAUUUGAUCGAUCUUGGAAACGAUAGUUGUGUACCACGAGUAUCGAUUCAAGAAUCAUCGCCUGACGAGCAAGAACAUCUUCUCGAUGUGUGCCUACCGAAGUUAGAACAAGCUUUGUCAUUAACCAGGAAGCAAGAACAAGUACAAUGCAUAAAUGACAACGGUGAUGUAUUAGUCACGUUAGGCCACGAUCAAGUGGUACCGAUUCGUAAAAGAAUCGAUGUCGUUUCAUCCGAUACGAUAAAAAGAGUUCGUGACAUUACCAGGAACUUAGAACCAGUUAUAAGAAAGACUUGUUCCGACAUUAAUGAGGAGCAUCAAGACACGGUUGAUUAUGGAAGUUCAUCGGAUAACAAAGACGGACAUUAUUCUAGUGAAAAGCUCGAAGACGAUACGUUGGAGACACAGGAGAUCAAUGAUGCUUUCAAUUUUCUCACAGAACACGAUGACAACGAUGAUCCAGCUGAAGCGAAAUGUAACCGUUAUGACCAAGUUAUAAAUUCACAUGGACUGAUCCUAUUAACCACUCGUACCAUAAAAAACGAAGAUUUAUUGAAUUACCAUGGUAAAAGUGCUUCACAAGCACUAAACUGCUGGAAAGCAGACAUAGAUUUAAAUGAUUCAGCUUUUGAAUUAUGUUCGGGCAACCCUUCUGAAAGUAUUUCGAGGAAACCUAGAUCUGAUCCUGUUGAUUAUGAGCUUGGAGCGAGUAGCAUUAAUGUGGUUGAAAAUCAUUCCGAAGAACAAACGUUUGUACGAACAGCUAAAAGAAGAUCAUUUCAGCAUACACAUCGUAAAUCUUGGACGGAAGGAACUACACUGAAAAAUGCAACACAGGAUACAUUUUCUCGGUUCGAUAGGUCAACUAGUUUAAGAGGAUAUAAUUACGCGUCAUCAACUUCCAAUGGCAUUCAUCGGCAAUCCAGCUUUAUUUCGAGUUGUUCAACGGAGGAAGGAUUGGAAACGAAUGGAGAGGAUCAAGAGGACGGAUGUUCAGAAUGUUCGGAAGUAGAUUGGUCGUGGUUAGAGGAAGUAGAAUGUCCGCGGGCUACGGAGUCGUUAGCACCCGGUGUGGUUGGCGCGGUUCAGGAGAACACCGAAGGAGGGAAUGCAACCCCCACCAGUGAAAACGCAAGACGCAGGCGCGGUCGCGAGCAUCGUGCUACCGAGGCGGGCUGCAGUGCCGCGAUGUCUGUCUCCGGGACAGUAAAGUCCCUAGUGGUCGGUGGUUCGCGAUGGUUAACUUCCGAUCCGCCGUCCGACUAUAACGGCAAUAAUCAAGAUGAAAAUGUACGUUGCAAUGCGAGCAACGAAACCAUCGAUCGCGAAACACGUGACAAUCCUACGCUUGUUAAUUCUUGGGUACGGGCUUCGAUGAGACGUUUGCGUCAUUUGAGACUACCGGAAGAAACUGAACGGCAACGAAACAUUGAUUUGAAUAGUUGCCACGGAACUGUCGUAUCCGCGCCAAAUUCUUUACCAGAUAUCGCUUUAAUUGCUCCAGAGAUAUUGGCUGCCCAAACAAACGGUACUUCCGGCACCCUCCUUAGGCCAUCCAGCGCUCCUGUAAGAAAUUCGAAUAAUUCAAAUGUAGUGCCAUCGCGGAGAGGCGGAAGACAAUUUAGAGCAAGUCGAUCGCAAAGAACGCGAAGUCGCGACAUUACUUCGAGGCAAAGCAGCGUUUUAUCGUCGACUACGGGCAGUGAUACAACUGCUUCAGGAAUCACGACAUGCUCCAGCUCUUUUGGCGGUGCUUCUACGAGUCCACCUUCUAGCACGGCGACAAGUCCGCAACGCAUCGCUUCCAGACGAAUAUGUGACAGACAGAGAGACGUUGAUAGGGAUGAGGAUAGAGGAGAGGAUGAGGAUGAGGAUGCCAAUCCAUUGGGAAAAUGGCCACAUGCUCUUAGUCCAGCCUUGGCGUGUCUUAGUUGCACCCUUGGCCUUUUUAAUAUAAGUAGAUUUUCUAUUCUUAGUGUACAAUUCGGAGCAAAUUUCAUUGUACAGUUCCUGAUUUUGUCUUUGGUAUUGGGUAUUCCACUUUUGACGUUGCACGUGUGUCUCGGUCAAAGAUUGGCGGCUGGAUCCGUAGAUAUGUGGAAGAUUUCACCCCUCUUUCAGGGCGUUGGUAUAGCUCUUCUAAUUGCACAAGCAUUCAUCGGUAUCUACAGUAUCGUUGGUGUAUCCUGGAUGUUCGUCUACUUUAGAGACUCAUUUAUAACGAAGCAGGAUAAGUACCGAUGGGCAGAACCGUUUUCCUUGUACAGAGAAGAUAAACCUACACAGAAUAAUAGUAAUUUGCAUAAAUUAUAUGAGACAGUACCAGAUUAUUUUAGCGGAGUUGUCUUGCAAAGAAAUCAUUUAAACGAAUCAGAUCCCGGUGUCGUAACGUUAAAGUUUCAAGUGGCUUUCAAUUUAGCUGUUGUAUGGAUGAUCGUGUUCGUAUCAUUAAGCAAAGGUUUGAGAUCUUAUGGCAAAGUAGUAUAUGUUUUUACGUUGGUGCCUGUAUUUGGCACAUUAGUUCUUUGUACGAAAUUACUUGGCCUCACGCCACCAGGCUCUGUACAUCAGCUUUUUCCUGCCACUGUGUGGACUGAGUUUUUCAUUAAUGGCAAAUCGUGGGUAGCAGCAUCCAUCGAGGUUUUCCUCACUUGGGGAUUACUUGGUGCAGCUGCUAUGCAGAUAGCUGCUCAUAAUAAGCACAAACAUCUAUUACAACGAGACACGAGUCUAGUGAUCGUGUUAACUCUCGCAGUUCUACUUCUCGCAGCUUUUCUGGCAAAUACUUGCGUGCAAGUUUUGCGACAUCAUGGAUAUAUUUACAUACCUAGCUCAUUUGAAAGAAUAUCAUCGUAUAUGUUUAUGCGACCUGUGAACCAGCCGGCACCACCGGGAUAUAGCAGUACACCAGAAAGAUUUAUGGCACAUGCGUCGUUUAUUGUUGGAGAACGUGUAACUCGCCCCGGUGCAGACUUUAGUGCUGAAUCUGGUUAUCAAGCCUUGAGAUUUUCGACUGAAUUGGUUCCUGCAACGUUAGCGUUACUAGGCACUGAACAAGUGUCACCAUUCUGGGCAGUUCUUUUCUAUUUUAUUCUUAUUCUAUUUGGAAUAGCUCAACAGCUGGCAAUAUGGCAUUGUGUAAUAACUGGUAUUAUGGCGAUUAAUGCAAAAAUGAUGAAGUUAUGGGAAACUACUAUUACAUUCUUCAGUUGUGCUUGUGCUUAUAUACUAGGCUUACCCAUGGCUACCGAGUUGGGCAUACACGUCGUAUAUUAUCUAGACUACACAAUUGGUGGUACAUGGUGGAUAAUGAUCUUAUACUUGGUGCAAGUUGGUGCUGUAUUCGCAGUGCGCGGUCGUCCACAUAGUGGUGAAGCGGUAGUAGCCGAGUUGUUUCCUCCAACUGGUCGAUGUCUCAGACACUGGGCUGGUCCUCUUCUCUCAUUCACGUGGAACGUUAUACUGCCUGUUAUUCUUAUGGUACUUAGCAUUACAGUAUUUAAAAAUGCUGGAUUUCGAGAACUUUAUUCUUACCGACGUACCGCUAGAGAGUACUGGACAGUUUGGGCAAAACAACUCGGAGCUACGAUUCAAUUAGUACCAAUAUUGACGAUACCGGCAGUGGCGAUUAUACAAACAUGUCGAUACUUGAACAACGGUCCACCCGAUAUUUUUGAUAACAAUCAAGUGGAAGUUAAUAUAAAUCACUGCGAACAAUGUAAUGGUAGAAUUCAAUUAUUGUAUCGACCAUCUUUGGAGCCAGAUGACCCACGAGAUGCGCAAACGCAUACUGGAACCGAUAUGAGUACCAGCAUUCACGGCAAUGGUAUCGUACAUACAACGACAGAAGUACCAUUUGAAGAUCCACCGCCAAAAUAUACACCUCCUCCGAGUUACACUACAGCAACGGGAGCGAGAAUAGCAAAGAUGUUGCGGCAAAGUUUUCGAAGAAGUGUACGUCGAAUAGCGAAUGUGCUCGGUGAGAGCAGUACUCCGAGACAGAGACCGGCGCUACAACCUCCACCUCCUGAUUACGCCACUGUACUUGUAGAAAUGAAUCAAAGUAGGCAAACCCAAGAUGUAACAAUUCAUAUAGCUGAAGCAAGAAACGAAAACAUCAAUUCAAACACUCAAAGUAAUGCUACCGAAAGACAUAGACCUAAUACGAUAGAUAGAUCAACAAGAAUUGGUGUGGUAGAACGCUCGAUAGAAAGAACGCAUUCGACGCUCGAAAGACCUCGUCGACCUUGUAUAACUUCAUCGAGCAGUUCGAAUUUAACUGCGGCCGAUGUGGCUAAUUUACUUCGUAGUAGCAUUAGGAGAGGGACUACGCGAACUCAACAGUCCCUGCGUAGGAGUUUCUGCCACGACGAAUCAACGGUAGCAGCGUCCGUUGAAAAUCUAGUCGAGGCUGCAGCGCCGAUCGGUGAAGAAUCCUUGGUCCUUCCAAAGGACGUGUCUCUAGUCUCUAAUGAACAGGCUAACAGUAAUAGCGACGAUAAAAAGACUGCCGAAGAAACGGAUGAUUCCGUUUCUGUGAUAUAGACUAUAUCUUUCUUUUGAGCAUAUAUGAAGAAUAAUCUGAUGGUUAUUUAAUUUCUGCUGCAUAGUGUUACGGUGAUUUAUUCCUUGUUUAACUUGUAUUCAAUAUUCAUUUUCGCAAGCUAUUCUACGAAAGAUAAACAAGUUGCUGAUGAUUUCAUCGAUCAAUGAUCGAAAAAAUAAUUUUAUCUCUCAGACUGAAUUCAGUAUUUUCUAAUCUUGUCAUACUUGACAAAUAAGUGCAUAAUCUCAUCACUUUAAUUACCGUGACAAUUGUAUAACGCGCAAAUGAAGAUUGGAUAGCUAUAAGCAGUGAAACAUAUAAUAAACUCGUUUUGUUACUUACUACAAUAGAUAUCGAUUUUAUAUUGUGUAUGUUGAACCUUAUUGAGGUUCAAUUUGCUUUCAAUCAGUCUAUUUUAGCAUUUUGGCAUUUUCAAUCGAGACUGUGUAACUAAAAUAUUUAUGUAAUAUAUACUACUGUAAAAUUUUAAUAGUUUUAUGAUAUUAGUGUACAUACUAUUUUAACGAAUCAUAAAUUCGCUUAUUAAGCAUUUUCUUCAUUAACCAUGAUGGUUGUUUAAUGUUACAAUAAUAUAAUCCGUCCAACAUUCAUCAAAGCCUAUGUAUUAGUUUUUGUGCAAUGGUUAAGAAAUAUAUACGGCGUAUUCUUUUAUUUUAAAAUAUUGCAAAAAAGAAUCGCGGAGAAAACAUGUACUGCAAUUGAAAUUAUUUAUCAGAGAGUAUAUACAUAAAAUGAAUAAUCAUUGAACUAAUUGGAUAAAAAAGAGCGGAGAACUCCAAUGUUAUUUACAUAAUUAUGUAACAUAUAUAUAUAUAUAUAUAUAUAUAUAUAUAUAUAUAUGCGUGUGUGUGUGUAUUUUACCGUACAAAUAUUCUAAUAUUUCAUACGUGUAAUUGCUAUACCUGAUAUUAUGGACCAUAAUAAAAUUUUUAUGUUCUUUUUUAAAUUUAUAGUGCUUCUAUGACAUUUAAUUUAAUAGUGAUAAGAUUUAAACAACGUUCAUACUUUAAAUAUUGCAUAAUUACAGAAAUAGAUAUUAAUAUAAUUGAUCAAAGCAACAAAGUACAAAGCAUUUUAACGGUAUUCAUUUUACUUUUUUAAUAACUCUUGUAAAUCGUACAUUAAGUUUUUUAUUAGAUACCAUUCAAAUAAUAUAGAUUCUACAAUACAUUCGUACUUACACUUAAGCAAACACAAUGUAACUUUGUUACAGAAAGCGGUCUUUGAGUUUUAAACGUAUACAAAACUAAAUAAACUAUAUAUAUUACAAUCUCGUUAUUACAUCAAUUCUAAAACAGAUGUCUUACAUCUUUCUCAAUUAUGUUAAUUAUCAAGAAAAUGAUUCAUUUUAAUGCACGUUUACAAAAUAUUGUGCUAAGAAUUAUUUUGAAGCGAUAAAUAAUAGUCUUUGCUAUAUAUUCAAUUAGUAUAUUAGAAGAAACAGGCAAACUUUUUUUUUGUUGAUGACUGUGACAUUGACAGAAUACUAUACUAGCUUAUUGGAUCUCGUAAUAUUUAAUAUUUUAUAAAUAAUUAAAGAUGAACAGA